AUAUGUAUAUUAAUAAACUGAUACUAUUAAUUUUGAUGAUAGUUAUUUUGAACAUUCGCAAUUUCAAAAUAACUAACACAGCCAUGGUAGUUCAGGGUUAAAUAUGAAACUCAAGCUAAAAAUUUCUUUUAACAUUUUGGGUAAAAUUCACUUCCAUUCAGAAAAUCUUUCAAACUUGACGCAUCUGGCGCGAGAUGUCUUUCAUUUGUCAAGUCUCAUUUUGUCUGUGUCGUGUUAUUAAUAUUUCAUGUUACAAAUAAAGAGUCAUUAAACGAACGAAAGGCAUCUGUUUCUGUGGCAAAUUUGGAAGAAAGAAAAUAUGAUAAAAAUUAUCGGUGACAUGGAAUGAAUACAGUGUUGUUAAUAGUGAUUUUAGCGCCAUAUAGUGUAACCAGAUAAUGAGAGUAUUUUCGCAUAUAGACACGGUUUCCAUGGAAUCCUCGAAUGAGAGGAGUAGUUUACUGAAUUCUGAACGAGAUGUAGGAUCAUUGUCUUCGAUCCCGCAGGGAUUGAGUCGGGCUCACUACGGAUCCUUUUCCUCGUGUCAACAGGUGUUACAGUCGAUCUGGAACAAAAGUAAGCAGACCUUGCAUCGGACUGACUCGAUGGUAUCGCUCUGCUACCGAUCUCUCGCCAGCUAUAUCACGGAUGAUAAUCUUGCUGGUCUGCAAAACUUCCUCGAGAACAAACGAGUACAGAUCGAUGAUCGAGACGAGAAUGGUAGCACAGCCCUCAUCCUUGCAGCGACUAAGGGGAAGAUCCACUUUGUGCGGGAACUUAUUAAUCAUGGAGCAGAUGUUAACGCAGAAGAUGGGGACAACUGGACAGCAUUGCUUUGCGCCGCCAAGGAAGGUCACACCGACGUUUGCCUCGAGUUGCUCGAGCAUGGGGCCGAUUUGGAACACAGAGACAUGGGUGGAUGGACGGCACUUAUGUGGGCGACAUACAAAGGGAGGUCGCCGACGGUGACGAUGUUGCUAGCAAGAGGAGCUGACGUCAAUGCACAUGGAAAUUUUCAUAUAUCUUCGUUAUUGUGGGCUGCAGGCAGGGGUUACCCUGACAUUGUAAAAGAUCUUAUUGCUCACGGUGCUAAGGUCAAUGUUGGUGACAAGUAUGGUACUACAGCUCUGGUGUGGGCCUCACGUAAAGGACACGUGGAGAUUGUAGACGCUUUACUGAAAGCUGGUGCUAACGUUGAUACUGCUGGCAUGUAUUCAUGGACGGCGCUGUUGGUGGCGACUCUUGGGAAUCACGCGGAUGUAGUUCUACUACUUUUAGAGCACAAACCAAACGUGAAUGCACUCGAUAAAGAUGGUUGCACGGCCCUGGCGAUAGCUUGUCGAGAAGGACAUCACGAAAUAGCGAAUGCUCUGUUAAACGCUGGUGCUUACGUGAACAUUCAAGAUAGAGCUGGCGAUACAAAUUUGAUUCAUGCCGUGAAAGGAGGUCAUAGAGGAGUAGUUGAAUCUCUUCUGAAGAAAUACGCCGACGUAGACAUUGCUGGCAAGGAUAAGAAAACAGCAACUUAUAUUGCAGUUGAAAAAGGCAAUAUACCGAUAUUAAAACUGUUAUUGAACGCCAACCCAGAUUUGGAGAUCGCGACUAAAGACGGUGAUACACCGUUACUGCGGGCAGUUAGGUCGCGAAAUGCGGAAAUAGUACAAUUACUGCUAGACAAAAAGGCUAAAGUCUCAGCUACCGACAAAAAGGGUGACACUGUACUUCAUAUAGCUAUGCGCGCACGAUCGAAGGCUAUCGUCGAGAUAUUGCUGAGGAAUCCAAAAAACAGUCAACUUCUUUACCGUCCAAACAGGCAAGGUGAAACUCCGUAUAAUAUCGACAUCAAUCAUCCAAAGACCAUUCUUGGACAAAUAUUUGGUGCACGGCGUCUAAAUACUAAUGAAGAUAACGAGAAUAUGCUGGGUUAUGAUUUAUACAGUAGCGCAUUAGCAGACAUUCUUAGUGAACCAUCACUCUCAACGCCUAUAACUGUUGGCCUUUACGCAAAGUGGGGUUCUGGGAAAUCCUUCCUGUUAAACAAAUUAAGAGAGGAAAUGAAGAAUUUUGCUCGGCAGUGGAUAGACCCCGUAUUUCAGUUUUCAUUCUUGUUGUUUGUAGUAGUAACCCACGUAUCCUUGUUAGUGGGUACUACGAUAGGUCUUGCCUUGCAGUCGUGGGUCGUUGGUCUUGCCUGUGGCAUAAGUCUUAUCCUCAUUACAUACAUCUUUUUAAUACUUGUAUGGUAUGCCAACAAAAGGUACGAUUGGUAUUGGCCGUACAACUUUACAGUAGCUUUAACUACAAAGUUGAAUUCAUUGAAGCUGUUGUUGCAAGUGAUUUUCUGUCAUCCUCCUGGCAGCAGAGUUCACGACGGUGUUACUGUCCAACCAAUAAAGUUUUAUUUCACCGAUCAAACUCGAGUCGGUACAACCGCUGCCGGAGAGAAUGCAGUAGUACAAAUGGUCGGAUCUCUUUAUGAUUCUAUCGAAAAUGACUUUGGUUCAUUGUCCACCAGAUUGUACAGAGCGUUCAGGCCAAAACCUGAUAAAUCGACCACAACGUGGAAAUGGAGACACCUUUGUUGUUUACCCUACAUAGUGAUAUUCGAAUUUUGCUUUUGCAGCUUGCUCGUUGGUAUCUCUGUACUUACAGUCUACCUCAUCGAUAUUUCUAGUAGCGAGCCAACAAUAGAGAAAGUUACUGCGCACAUCAUUAUGAUAACCGUUGCCUUAAUACUAGCCGUUAGUAUAAUAGCAAACUUGUACACCUGGAGUCGAACGUUGCAAGCGCUUGUUUUCUCGCAAAGGCGUCAUCUUCAACGCAGCAUUUCCAAGUUGGAGACUCUUAAAAGUGAAGGCUUUAUUCAAACGUUGAAAAGCGAAGUUAAUUUGAUGACCGAAAUGGUCAAGUGUUUAGACAGUUUCAUGGCUCAACAAAGCAGAUUAGUAAUAAUUGUGGACGGUUUGGACAGCUGUGAACAGGACAAAGUGUUAUUAGUUUUAGAUGCAAUACAAGCAUUGUUCAGUGAUAAUGGUUAUCCGUUUGUUGUCAUAUUAGCAAUUGAUCCACAUAUUAUUGCCAAGGCAGUGGAAGUCAAUAGUAGAAGAUUAUUUACGGAGUCCAAUAUUGGAGGUCACGAUUAUUUGCGCAAUAUGGUACAUCUUCCAUUUUAUUUACAAAACAGUGGUUUAAGAAAGGUAAAAGUUGCUCAACAGACUGCUCAGCAUAGUAGAAAAACCACGUGGACGGAAGCCGAAGAGAGCGUUACUUAUACCGCCUCGAGUACGAUGCAUCAUUCUGUGUCAAAUAGAAGGCUCAGCACGGAAUCCGGUAUAAUGAACAGCAAUGAAAAAUUGAAACCACAAAGUAGAAAAGGAAGUAGAAAAUUACGAUUGAGUGAAUCGAUCGCGAGUAGUAUCGGUAGCAAUCUGAAUCGACUGGGUGGAGCACAAGAUCUUAAUAAAAUGCUUCUCACCGACGAUUACUUCAGCGACGUGAAUCCUCGCAGUAUGAGAAGAUUAAUGAAUGUAGUGUAUGUUACUGGGAGAUUGUUAAAAGCAUUCCAAAUUGAUUUCAACUGGUAUCAUUUAGCUAUUUGGAUUAACAUUACCGAGCAAUGGCCGUUUAGAACAUCUUGGCUGAUACUACAUUACGACAUGUACGAAGAUACCUUGGACGACAACAUGUCCUUAAAAAGUCUUUACGAUAAGAUACGACCUCAAAUUCCAGUACUUAAAGAAGUCCAGCCUCUUUUGGAGAUGGACAGGGACGAACGCAAGUUGGAUAUUUUCCUAACGUUUCAUCGAUCCAGCUUACUCGUCAGCGAUAUGAAAAUAUUCUUACCGUUUACGAUCAAUCUUGAUCCGUAUAUUAAGAAAAAGAUUAAAGAGGAACAACAGAGUAUGGAAGAGGAAGUAGGUUUUGGACAAUAUAAGCAGUACAGUCCUUGGACAGUACAUGGUAAUGGCCACGAUCAAAUGAAUAAGAGUGGAUUAACAAAUAGAAUGAAGUUUGUUAGAACACCUAGUUUACAAGGACCUGUGCCACCGGUACCGUCAACACCAUCCUGGUUUGUUCAACCAUCAUUGGAUUGGCAAGGUUCUCCUUGGGUGCAAAUACCUCCCAUGGAACCUAAAAUCAAACCUCUUUCUGCUACUACAACUUUACCGUCCGAAAUUUUGGAAACAAGGCUGUCGACUUUAACAGUGAACGGUGUUUGUGAUCUUAUCGAUAGGAUUGAAAGCUUGAGUUCGAGUCAUGCACCGCAGUACAAACAAGUUAUUCAAGAGAAUAACAUUAAUGGAAGAGUUCUAUUACAUUGUGAUUUACAGGAGUUGAAGAAAGUAUUAAAAAUGGCAUUUGGAGAUUGGGAACUGUUUCGUAUGGUACUUGUGUCGCUUAGGGAAUUAGAACUUUCUUCCUUCAGUACACAUGAAGAAGGUUCUCGAAGUGUGCGAUUCACUGUAGGUUCAGAACAAAUUCAGCGCAAAGAUCAUGCUUUGCAAGGAACUUCGAUACGCGUACCUGUUCAUACAGAAAAAGAAAAAGGAAAUUCAAGGACCGAUGGUACUUCAAGACGAGAUCAAACGAAACAAUCCAUCAUGGAAAAGCAAUUUCAGGUAACAUUGGAGGAACAGAUGAUUUGUGGAGCAUUGCAAACGUUAAAUGAAGAAGCUUGUGAAGAUGUGUUAGAUGUACCAUCUUCUACCGUAGUACCAUCAGACUCACUUUCAGGAUCAGUCUCAGCGGCUCCUCAAGACACAGAUUACGUGAUUCUUCAGCCUAAUCCACUUCUACACUGGGUACCAGUUACCGAUGAAAUCGAAACCUCAGACGAUAGUUCGUUCGAGUCCACAGUUCAUCUUCAGCGUACAAAUUCACAACGUAGCAUUACAUCUCAGCACAGUACUAGAUCAGCCUGUUCGUUUGGACGUAAAGACAUAAGAAAAGGCGGAGGCAAUUUGAACAGUAGUAGACCAGCAUCUCUCUUUGUAUCUCCACCGCCUUCUCCUAGACCUGCCUUUAGAUCUAAGUCAACAGACGAGAAUUAUGUAGCUAAUAAUAUACCCAUGAAGUCUACCAUUUCAACACCGAUGAAGAAACGACGUUCCGCCUCUACGUUGAACGACGAGGUGGCCCUGCCAGUUCCUGUUCCAAAUUCUAGCCUGGAGAAGUUAACGAAAUUAAAAGACCGUUUAAUGGGCACGUUACCUGUGUCACCUGCACCGGGAGAGAGCGAGGAUGAAUCUACGCCAUUAGUUUCUGAAUUAUCUACCCCAACUCAUUCGCAGUCUGAUAGCGUGUUCAAACACGACUGUAGCGAAGAAAACAGUAGCUCGAUAUCUUCGAAUAAAAGCUUGCCGCGAGACGGGGAGAGAUGCGUUGACGUCGUUGAUUAUUCUGAUACUGUUAGCUUGAUGGUGAGGGAGUCGUCCCAGGUACGAUUCUUAUCGCGACAAGAUGCUGAAGAAUGGGACAAUCCUGAGACACCUGUAUGAUAUCUUCUAUUACACAAUCGUCAGCUCGGCUGAUUCACCUAAGCAUGCCACUUAAAUUAUUUGUUAAUUGUUUGUUGCAUGAGAGAAUUCAAACCAAAGUAAUAUUUAAAUAUUUAUGACCUUUGCAAUUUGAUAACAAAAGUUACAACAAACAGUUCAUAAAUAAUUGUCACACUUAGAUCAAUCACCUUGUAUUAUACUCUAUGGCUAAUAUACAUAUAUGCUGCGUCAAUGAUAAAACGUUAAGUCAGAUGUACUUAAAACAAGAUUUGUGAUAUAUUUUCGAAGGUAGAUACUAUUAUACUGCAGUUGAGGAUUCUACUUUGUAAAUAAUAACUAGAUUAUGUCGAACUUUUUAGAUAAAAUGUUUACAAGUGUUCACACAUCACAAAGAGUAAACUCUACUUUUAAAUAAUAUGAGAAACAGCACACAUUUCAUGCAACGUGUGCGCAGAUAUGGUAGAGUUUAAAUUUUAGGAAGAAUAUGUGUACGGUCUUAGUGAUUCAUUGACAAAUAACAUUCCUUUAUAAUUUUAGUGUAUUUAACAAUGUGAAUGUCAGUUCUUUAUGAAAAGACUGGUACAGAGACAGAAGAUAUCUGUAUUUUUUAAAUUUUAUUGUAAACGUUUUCAUGAUGCUUGAUUGAUUUGUGUCUGUUGAUGGAUGUAGCUCGUAAUGCAAUGCUUUGAACAGAUAAAUUUUUAACAAACAAAUGCUCAUCGUUUGUUUGAUAUAGACUAUUGUUGAUUUUAAACGAUAGGUACGACUUGUCAGAUAAAUAAAAUAAACAAAUAUUACUGAUUUAUAAGGUGACUGGUACGAGAGAUAACGUAUUUUGUCUACAAGCACUCGUAUCAGUAAGAUAAAAUUCUUUGUACUGUCUUUAAUAUUAUACAUUAGUUUGAACAAGGAAGUUAAUAAUUAGUUACCAAUAUAUAAGAUCGUUUGAAACAUUAUUGAAAAUAUUUAUAUUUUAUUUUUAAUUAUAUGAAUACUUAAUUUUACUGCCAACUUUUUUAUUAAUUUAAAAUGAAUAUUAGUAACUUAUAUUGGUACUUUAAUCUUUCUUAACAAAUAAACUUUGAAAACGUUUGUAAUGUUAACGAGUUAUUAUUAGAUAUGAUAAGCAGAAAAGGUCCUAUCAUUUUAAUUUUACUGUGAGUGAUUCAAUGCCUAUUUUAUAAAAUAUGCAGAAGGAUGGAGAAGUCAAAAAGAUCUACAGAAUUUUAAAGUACUUUUUUAUUAUAAAGCAAAAAUUAUAUAUAUCUAUAUAUAUAACAGUGUGUAUAUAUAAUACUUUAGGACGGAAUACAUUAGGGUAUUAGUUAAUAUUAGAUUGUAAACACAGGUAAUACAUAUAUUAGGUUUUCAAAUAAUAGUGUUAUAUGUACUUUGCUUAUUACUAUUAAAUAUAAUAUAUUUAAAUACAUAAAAUGUCAAACUACUUUCAUAAAUGCUCAUAUAUGGAAUACAAUAAGUACUUCAACAGCCUUUUUGUAUAUAAUUCAUUCAGGCAGGUCUUACUUUUACUUUUCAUGAUUUGUUAAACAUAUUUUGUUCAGCUGUCUUUUAAAUAAAUUACAAAUAACAAAUUUAGUAAUACAAUAAACUACAUAUCAGAUCUACAAAGUUUAGAGAAUGUUUCAAAUUUACACAAUGAACAUGAGAAACAAAUAUAUUUUUUCUAAGACAAUUCCUUAAGCUUAUUCUUACAAUCGUCUUCUUUAGUUUAUUGUAUUACUUAUGUCAAAAAAUAAUUUUUAUAAAAUACUGAUAUGUCAAUUACAAAACAUCACAACUACAGAAACAAUAAAAAUUACAAGGAAGAAAAUAUUUCAGUGAUACAAAGCUGCAUGAUAUAGUAAAGCAUACAAUAUAAAUACAAAUAAGUUUACAAAUUUUCAAUUUUUUCCACAUGAAAAUGUAUCACUGCUUCUUUCUAACUUUUCAUUAAAAUAAAUGAGAAUAAUAGAUCAUUUUUAUGAACUAAUUGUACUAUAUCAAUCAUAAUGUACAUACUUCUGUGGCUAAAGAUAUUUUCAACAAUAAAACGAUUUUAUAGUACUUAAAAACUUAAUCAAUAGGAAUGAAUAUAAACUUGAAUAGCCUUUUUUAAUGUAUUA